CCGACAUCGUGCAGCGCGAAUCGGUCUGUCGCUGCUCCGUUUUCUGCGUGUCGCGCGGUGUGCUCCCCGCGACGUGCUCUCGUGCUCACUCGCCGUGUUCCGGUUUACCUUGACUUAAGCGCCCGCGUGCGCGAGACGGAGCGAGGGUCCGCGGGAUUAAAAGUCGAGGCCAGUGAAGCCAGUACCAGUGCAGUUCGCGGAAUGUGUCGGUAAGAGUCACACUCCGAGCUCUCCGCUGAGCUCUCUUCGCGUUCUCGGAGGCGCGCGUACACGCGGCGGCCGUUUGCUGUUCGGAGCACACACGAAAGUAUCCUGAGAGUUAAUUCUACGCGCGAUCACGGUACAUUCUCAGUGAUCCAAUCGCGUUCGAAUCAGUCGGGUCUCGCGGAUCACGGAGGUGCGUUCGGAGUGCUGAAAUGUGUUUGCGAUCGAGGAGAGAUUCGAGGAUCGUUCCGGUUGAUCCAAUACCGACUUGGAAACAAGCCAGUUCCGAGUGCUAAUCGGGAAUCUAAGAACGUAGGAAAUCAGCGAAAAGGUGUCGCAGGAGUCGUAUCGAUUGAUCACGCAAUUCACCUCGUGUUUCGCGAUCCUAGGGAGGAAAAUCGCCUUUGACAUUAGUCUCAAUUGUCGCGUGAUAGCUCGAUUAGAAGACAACAGAAGAGAUUUUAGUCCAUAUAAUGUAAUCACCAUUGAUUAAACACGGAUCAGUGACGCACGAUCUUUCAUGGAUCGACGUACGAGGAAAACGUACCAACACACACCGUCCCAUUGAUCGAAAGGGAACCUCGAAGCGGAGCGCGCGUCCGAGACCGAGAAGCGAAAGCCUGGAGCAUUGGCGGGCGCGCUCGCGGUGGUCGACGAGCAGCGCGACGUGCGUGCGUUCCCGAGAUCGAUAGCCCGAGGAGGAGGACAGGACGAAGGAUCCUCGCGAGCGCGAGGCACGAGGACUCGUCCCGUGGACACCUGCUCGCGAUGCCGUCGCGCGUCGCUGCGUCGCUGCGCGGCGCGCCGUGAGGAUCGCUUGUGUGUGCCGUGUGUGAGGAGCAGCGCGAGAAAGAGAGAGAGAGAGAGAAAGAGGGGGGAGAGAGAAAGAGAGUCGUGAGGAAAUCACCGAUCUACGAGACUCGCGACGUGGAAUCGUCGUCGUCGUCGUCGUCGUCGUCGUCGUCUUCUAAAAGUGAGAAAGAGUGCUGGUUCACGAUCUUGCCGAGGAUCUAGCGGUUCGAUCAGCUCAACAGCCUACGCAUGCCGGCGAUCGUGCCAAGCCGUUUCUCGAAAAUUUGGGACGUCGUGUUUCUCUCUGAUCGCGAUACGCACGUGGUCCGAGAAAACGAGAGCUUCUCGUGGCUUCGCGGUCUCUAAGGGGACUUGGAUGAUAAGGGAUGGCGAAGCGACGGGGAAAGGAGAGCAAGAGGCGCCGGGGAGACACCCGCAAUUUCGUGAUUGCUUUUCAGACGACAUUUUGUACACUCAUGGACAGCAGCAACCAACUCAUUACGGUUUCAUCCAAGUACCGGAAGAAAAGAGCCGGUGCGGGGACGCAAUAGAGCGCCGCACAGCCGCUCCUCUCUUCUUCGUUUCACCGUUGGAAACCGUCGGUGGGCUCCCUGAGCCCACCCUCUCAUCGGUCAAACUGGCGAGCGCGUUAACCGCUGGUAUGAACCCCCACCAUCCGGGCCACUCCGCAGCCUACCCCCACCAUCCCUCGCUCUCGAGCAGUCCGCAUCAUCCGGGGCCCGGCGGGCCGCAUCACGCGUAUGGGACCGGUGGAGGUGGCGGAGGUGGCGGUGGCGGCGGCACCACGACCACCCCCGACUUACCCAGCCCGCACUCACCCCAGCAUACUGGUGGUGCCGGUGAUCCCGCCACCCCCUACGGUACCCUACAACCUGGACAAGGCAUGGGCAGCAACGGGCAUCAUCAUAGCGGUGGCGGAAUGAUGCAGGAUCAUCCACAUCACCCUGGACACCCUCAUCCUCACAUGCCGGGGCAUCCCGCGUAUCCACCCGUUAAUCACAACAAUAACUGCACGCUCAAGCAAGAAGGUGUCCCAAGCGGGUCAACGGGCCUUCGGCAAUGCGCCGCCUGCGGUGUACAAAUAGUGGAAAGAUGGCUGUUGCUAGCGAUGGACCGGUACUGGCACAUUGGCUGCCUGAAGUGCCAGUGUUGCAGCGUAGUAUUGGGAGAGGUUGGCCAGUCCUGCUACACCAAAAGCGGCAUGAUCCUCUGCAAAGCCGACUACAGACGAUUGUUCGGCAGCAGCGGCGUCUGUUCGAGUUGCAACAACGCGAUACCCGCGAACGAGUUGGUCAUGAGAGCCGGCGACGCGGUGUUUCACCUGAAAUGCUUCAGCUGCAAUAAGUGCGGCGGUCAGCUCGUUUCCGGUGACAGAUAUUACUUAGUGUCGGGCACGCCGGUUUGCGAAUCCGACUGGCACAAGAUCGUGAAAUCGACGAGCGUCGCGGCAGCGGCAGGCGCAGCCGGAAACAGCGGUGCGCCCGUUAGGAAAGGCGGCAACCCGGUCGGUCGCCCGAAAAAGGUCCAACCCUCUCCGCAGCCGACGCCCCCCGUCGUACCUUCGCCUCAGGUAGACGUAGUGGACGUCGCCGUCGGGGUGGAUCCCUAUUCGCCGCCUCCGCCGGGUCAUCAGCACUAUCAUCAGUAUCACCAUCACCACCAUCACCAGAUGGCACUCGUGCAUCCGGGUCUGGCGGCUCAGCAAUCGCACCUCCAGGCGUCCAGCUAUCAGGACUGGUCGUCCUGGGCUCAGGAUACCUGCGAUUAGACUCGAGCUGCCCGCCGCAAAAGGACCGUAUCCCAAAGGACAGCGCGAUGAAGAACGAGCCUACCUAAUUUAUCUAGCGUCGCGAGCCCAGACGCCUCAGAGGAAUCACAAAGAGGGGAGAAGGGCUAGCGUAGUGUCCCUUGGGAACCGCCAUCGGCGACUCUACGAGUCGGAGUGUCUAUCGUGAUAUUGACGUGUUUGAACUUGCCGUGGUAGCCGAAUGUCUCCCAACAUGCGGUGCCGCGAUGUUGAACAUAAUUGAACUGGCCGCGAAUAUCGAGCGUCUCUGCGUUCUGACGGUGUUGACGUGUCGAGUGCGUCCGAACUUGCCGCGAAUGCUGGAAAUCUCUGAACGUCUUUGAAUUUGGAUAAUUCAGAACCGCAAAUACCUCUGGAACGACAAAGUGACAAAACUCGAACAAGAGUUUGCACGCAAGAGUUUUCGCAUUAAUAUUGACACAUUGAUGUUGUGAAUAUCGAAAGCAUCCUUAAGUUAAUUCAGCAAUUUGGAUCUUACUCUUCGUCAAAAAAUAGCGUCCAAAUUUUCGAUCGGAAAUGUUGAUCACAUUUGCGACAAGUUGAGACGGCACUCGACACCGCAUUGCAGAAGCAUUUUUGCCACGAAUCCGCCGGUCUUCUUAAUAAUUAUCUUUGCUCAAUUGUAAAGAAUCGAAGAAAGUUUAAGAUACGACCCAUCGUGCAUCUACCAUCAGCCGCAGUAGUGACGUCAGUUCUCUUCUUUAAAAUCUUUUGCAGUCGUCGUAUUGCAAUUACCUUGACACAAGAUGUGAAAUGUAGAAUUCGUUGACACCUACGACUGGCACAACUUGCAACAAGCGUUCGCACGUUUGCAAAAUAUGAAAAUAAUUCUUCCCGUCGAUGUCACUCUCAAGAUCAUUACCAAAUUAUUUUCCGAUGUCCGAAAUCUUUGCGUUAUUCUAUUUCAUUUUAUGAUUAGGGAGAUUAUCUCAAUUCUGGUUACAAUUUUAGUCGCUUCUAAGUUUCCGCGAGCACGCUCCGUCGAUUCUUGGUUGUCGCCACUUGGAAGACAACACGCGUCUUCGGAACGGCCGCGGCGUCGCGUGCUAAAUUCGACACGUGCGAUCAACGAGGAUCUAAUCGCGCGAGAAAGACAGACGGCAAUCGAACGGGGAAGGAAAGAGAGGAAAGAAGAGAAAGAGAGAUAAUUCGACGAGAGAUCGAACGCGAAACGACGGCGGGGCACGCAGUUCUGGACCCUUAGAAAAUUAUUUUUCUUUCAAAAUCACCGUUCUCCUGUCGAUCCGCCGCCGCGCUUCGUAAACUCAUUAGGCGGCCCUUGUUCCCGCCAUCGUUAAUUGAGUGUCGAGGUGAGACGAACGACACGGAAUUAUCAUUCGAAUCCUUCUUGUUAGGCAUCCGCGCCUGCUCGCUUCUCUCCUCCCUUUCUUUCCCUUUCCUUCCUUCAUUUCGCUCGCAUUUUCGCUCUCCCUCUUCCUUUCUUGAAAAUUUAUCAUAUUUGAAACAGCAUAAUCAAUUAUGUUUAAUACGUACAAAACGAAAUCCUUCUUCCACGGUGUCGGUACAAUUGGAUAAAAUUUUAGCGUAAUCAUAAGUACAUUACGAUUCGCUAAAUUUCAUGUAAUGUACAAAAGUAAUCGGUGUCGUUCUCGAGGAGAGAACAGAGUUCAAUUAUCCCGAAAAAUAUAUUUUUCUCUCUCUCUCUCUCUCCCUCUUUUUCUUUCGUUUAGCGAAGUGUACGUUACGCAUUGGUUGUUAAAGUUGAUCGAUGCAGGAUUGUCUGCGGAAACCGUUGUUUGCCAGCAACAACGUUACAAUAAGUCUAACUUCCGAUCGAAAGAGCAUCGAUCCUUCGACGAGAUUUAACUUAACAAAUUUCCUCUUUGUCGCAGUUCUUAAAUUUUCGACGUUCGUCAAGCAUUUCCGAAGAGUAAUCGCGUGCUGCACCGAAGAGUACGCGGACGACACCCGUUGCGCGCAUACGCUAAGUGAUGUAACUCGCGGCGAGCAAGAAAUGACAUUGGCGUGCAACGUGCUCGAAGCUCAAAGUACAACGGAUUCAGAGGCGGGAAUAAGUUUCGGCGCGAGAUGUGUAUCAUAGAAGCAAAAUCGCCCUGUUACUCGUUUCAUUCGUCAAAUACUCUCAUUUUAAAUGAUGAUUCGCGAGAGCGCGCACGUUUGCGCGUGCACCGCAACGAUCUCCGAUCGAGCGUCGUUCGCACUUGGAAAUCUUCAGUAUCGUUGUGUCACAGUUCGUGCGUGAGCGGAUCAUGCCGCGGUUACCACGGAAAUUGGGCAAAGACGACGCUGAAGAGUCAUGGUAGUGCAAACGGCUUGAUAUUAAGGAUUCGGAAUCUGAUAAGACGCUCUCGAAGAAGAAUCGACGCCGCCAAGGAUCGCGAUCGAUUUCAUGACUCUGCGACGACGCCGACGGAGACGGUGAAGAGCGGCAUAUACAGACGUGUACAUGUAGAGUGGGCAGGAAGUUGCGCCGACGGAUUAUGUCAAGGAUGCACAAACUCUUAUUUCGACAUCGGCUCGGACAUAAGGGGCAAUGGCGCUUGCCAUCACAGAUCUUGGACCAGACGCACGAACGAGAUAAAAAAUGAUUCGCGAUGAGUCUCAAUUUUGAUUUUUAAUCCAUUUUAUUACAUAUCUCGGACGUAUAAAUUAGAAAAUUUCUAUUAAUCGGACAACUUGUAUAUUCGAACAUGUAUAAUCGGGGAGCAAAUUUACUCAGCUCGCUUGAAUUUCCUUUCGUUGUCACGUGCGCGUGUCGGAUUGGGGUUUGUGCAUCGUUGGCUCGUGUAAUUUAAUCUUGUAUAUAGGGUACAUUUUGUAUAUUGUUAAAAGUUUGUGUGAUAUAAAUGGUUAUGUAUUUACUAUCGAGCGCGAACGGCGAACGGGGCACCCGCGCGUUUAUUCCACGGGCGAUCGGCCGAUACGCGACGUGCCAUGGUUUUCCGUGGUCCUGCAUCGCCGAGUGCGGUCGCGCAGCGACGUUUUCCGUCGUAACGUCGUAACGACGGAAUACGCUCUACGCUCGCUCCUUACGAAUCUCGGUUUCGACAUCUAUCCGAAGUUUCGUCGAUUAAUCGAAUUAAAUCUCGUCUCGAAUGUACAUAACGUUAAAUUUUGUAUCGUUUUUCGUCCGUUUUCUUUUUUAUUCGUUAUUUGACGUUUCGUCAGCACGCGAUUUCGCGAAGUCGAGGAGACGCGGCGUCUCGUCGCCAAACGGCUCCGCGACCGAGAACGAUUGCUGAGAGCCCCGUCGCGCGACUCGCUCGUCCGAUUUGCGCAACGAGAAGCAACCGUUCAAGGACAGCGCCGCGCCGUCGCAAAACUCGCGUACGGAGCGCAUGAUCGCGUCACGGGAUCUCGGGCAAUCGUGAAUCGAAUUGCGACGCGCGACGUCGCGCGCUGCGUACCGCACUCGGCACGCACUUGGCGGGCCCGGAAACGAUCGCGCGAGGAGCACGGAAAGUCCCUUCCCUCCGCCCCACGCCCCCGCCCCAUGCCCCAUGCCCCACGCCCGUCCCAUCCCGCCCGGCCGAGUGGCACGCGCGCGGACCGCGACGACCCGGUCCCGCGCGCGUCUCUAUAGUUAAUUUUGUUAUUUCAUUAAUCUCGGACUUCUUCGUAAUCGGGACCCGACAUCUGUAUGUGGUUUCGCGGCCUCUUGUAAAAUACAAUUACACCCAUGGAACACACACGCGCAUACACACAAUCGUACGCGAACACGAUUUAUUAAUUAAUAAAAAAUCACAAGUUUUUAGAAAA